CCAAUUACAAAACGGUUCGAACAGAGCUACGAAGGAGGAGGGUGCUUGAUCGAACUACGAGACGGAAUCAGAUUCAUCAGGCAGAAAAAAGUAAAAGGAAAAAAGAAUUUAUUUGAUAAUCUAUUGUUGUUCGGUGAUGAGUAAUUUCUACAAAUCAAUGUUGUUCAUGUUCUGGGCAAUUCUUUUGUGUUCUAAUGAAGUCCUCGCAAAAAAAUCUCGCAUCCCAAUCUCUGACAGUGAAGUUCGAGAAAUGAAAAACCAAUGCUAUGCAGACAUUGAAAGUGGAUUGUGGGGUAGGCAAUGCAAGUCUUCAACUGUAGCAAAGGAGAAUUGCGCUUUAAAGUGCCUAUCACCGGCUUGUUAUGAGCUUAUUUACGAGAGUGAUCCGUUGGAAGAAGGAGAGAAAGAUUAUACAAGGAGUCAAGAGUACAAGUACUCUAUGCACAGGUAA